ACACACACACACACACACACACACACACGUGUGACUUCCGGUAAAGAAGAAGGCGGGAGGAACAAACAGGGAGGAACACUGAAAGUGAAAAUAUUCAGUCUGUUGUUCAGACUCCAUUUUAAAGUCAACAGAGCAGAUCAAAUCAAACAUGUUUAAUAUUAUCCUGAGUCUUUAGUUUUGGCUCAUGCAAAUAGUGAAGGUGCGCUCUGUCCAGUACGGAUUUACACAUCGAGUUUUUUUCUACCAUGUGACCCCAGGGGCUCUCCGUAGUCCAGCACCAAACGUGAAGCAGCAAAGUGACUAUAACGACCGAAAUAAAUCCUCAAAUACCGUCACACACGAUGGACGGUGAAUUAACAAUGUUACGAGUCGGUGUUUAAUUCUGCGUGUAUCUGAUCCACCGUCCAGCACGUAUUCUAGUGAGAAAUGUAAUUCUUGAAACUGUUCGCCUCUCAUUCCCACCGUCUUCUCCCACUAAAAUAGUGCAGCUAACCAACGGAGGCUGGUGGCGAGUUGAGGCGACAAAAUCCAAAAUGUUUUCGCAGGACAAACAGCUCCUCUCAGCGUCCAACGUUAUCAGCUGAACAUUCAUGAACUCCUGUAGAGCAGGAGGCCAUAAUGGAGAAACUUAAAGAGGACCUCUGGGAAACUCUGCAGGAAUUAAAAGAAGAUGAAUAUGAGAAUUUCAAGUGGCUCCUGAACCCAGAAGGCAUCCCAAGGGCUCAGCUGGAGAAAGCAGCAAGGCGGGACACAGUGGAUCUAAUGGUACAGAAAUAUCAGGAUCCUGGAGCUCUGCAGGUAACCAUGAAGAUUUUAGGAAAGAUCAAAAGGAAUGAUCUGGUGCAGCAUUUACAAAACUCCAGCUCUGGACCAAAAGGUGGAGAGAGUAGCACUGAUGCCACAGCAGUACAGAAGCCCACUACUUCAGAGCAACCUGCAGCAGAUAGUGGACUGCAGAAGGCCUUAGAUACAUAUAAGUUCAAUCUGAGAAGGAAAUAUCAACAAGUGACUGAAGGAACUGAUGCAGCAGGAAGUGAAACCCUCCUCAACAAGAUCUACACUGAGCUCUACAUCACAGAGGGAAAGAGUGAAGAGGUUAAUAUCCAACAUGAGGUGAGGCAGCUUGAAACAGCUUCCAAGAUGAAGAUCCACCAUGACACUCCAAUCAAGUGCCACGACAUCUUUAAAGUCUUACCUGACCAAGAGAACUACAUCAUCAAAGUUGUUCUGACGAGCGGUGUCGCUGGUGUUGGAAAAACCUUCUUGGUGCAGAAGUUCACUCUGGACUGGGCAGAGGGCUCGAAAAACCAAGACAUCAGUCUGGUGAUUCUGCUUUCGUUCAGGGAGCUGAACUUGAUCAAAGAUGAGCAGUACAGUCUCCUCAUGCUGAUCCAUGAUUUCCACUCAACAUUACAGAAGGUCACAGCAGAGAAGCUCGAGUCUAAAGACUGUAAAGUUUUGUUCAUCUUUGACGGCCUGGAUGAAAGCAGACUUGAACUUGAUUUCAAGGACAAUGAGGUCGUGUCUGAUGUCACACAGAAGUCAUCAGUCAAGGUGCUGUUGACAAACCUCUUCAAGGGGAAUCUGCUUCCCUUUGCUCUUAUUUGGAUAACUUCCCGACCUGCAGCAGCCAAUCAGAUCCUAGAUCAGAAAUGUGUUGACAGGGUAACAGAAGUACGAGGCUUCACUGACACCCAGAAGGAGGAGUACUUCAGGAGGAGAUUCAGUGAUGAAGAGCUGUCCAGCAGAAUCAUCUCACACAUCAAGACAUCCAGGAGCCUCCACAUCAUGUGUUACAUCCCAGUCUUCUGCUGGAUCACUGCUAGAGUUGUGGAGCACAUGUUGACUACAGACCAGAGAGGAGAGCUGCCCAAGACCCUGACUGACCUGUACUCACACCUCCUGCUGGUUCAGACAAAGAGAAAGAAGGACAAGUAUGAUGAAGGACAGAAGACGAGUCCACAGGAGCUGACGGAGGCUGACAGUGAAGUUCUUCUGAAGCUGGGGAGGCUGGCGUUUGAACAACUGGAGAAAGGAAACAUCAUGUUCUACCAAAAAGACCUGGAGCAGUGUGGUCUUGAUGUCACAGAGGCCUCGGUGUUAUCAGGAUUUUGUACAGAGAUCUUCAAAAGAGAGAAUUUGAUCUCCCACAAAACAGUUUACUGCUUUGUUCAUCUGAGCGUUCAGGAGUUUCUGGCUGCAGUCUACAUGUACCACUGUUACACCAAAAGCAACACAGAGGUACUGAAGGACUUCCUGGGAGAAGAUUCUGAUUAUGAUGAUGAUGGUGAUGAUGAUUACCGUGUCUCAUCUCUGGAUGACUUCCUGAAGAGAGCCAUGGAGAAAUCUCUCCAAAGUAAAAACGGCCACCUGGAUCUGUUUGUGCGUUUCCUUCAUGGCCUCUCUCUGGAGUCCAACCAGAGCUUCUUAGGAGGCCUGCUGGGUCAGACAGAGAACAGUCCAGAAAUCAUCCAGAGAGUCAUCAACAACCUGAAGGAGAUGAACAUAUACAAGUCCAAUACCUCUCCUGACAGAAGCAUCAACAUCUUCCACUGUCUGAUGGAGAUGAACGACCUCUCAGUACAUCAGGAGAUCCAAGAGUUCCUGAAGUCAGAGAACAGAUCAGAGAAGAAACUCUCUGAGAUCAACUGCUCAGCUCUGGCCUACAUGCUGCAGAUGUCAGAGAAGGUUCUGGAUGAGUUGGACCUGCAGAAGUACAACACAUCAGAGGGGGGACGACAGAGACUGAUCCCAGCUGUGAGGAACUGCAGAAAGGCUCUACUUUCUGGCUGUGAACUCUCAGAGACUCACUUUGAAGUUGUGGCCUCAGCUCUGAAGUCCAACCCCUCCCAUCUGAGAGAGCUUGACCUGAGUGCAAACUUCCUGAAUAGAGAUCCGACUGGUUCAAGAUUUGAGCUUCUAUCUGCUGGACUGGAGAGUCCAAACUGUAGACUGGAGACUCUGAGAUUGUGGCUCUGCAGGUUGUCAGAGACCAGCUGUGCUUCUCUGGUCUCAGCUUUGAAGUCCAACCCCUCCCAUCUGAGAGAUCUUGAUCUAAGAGGAAACGACCUGAAAGACGCAGGAUUAAAACUACUGUGUGAUUUUCUGGAGAGUCCAGACUGUAGACUGGAGACUCUGAGAUUGAGUUCCUGCAGGUUGUCAGAGAUCAGCUGUGCUUCUCUGGUCUCAGCUCUGAAGUCCAACCCCUCCCAUCUGAGACAUCUGGAUCUGUCUGGAAACGACGUGUGUGACGUGAAGCAGCUGUGUGAUUUUCUGGAGAGUCCACACUGUAGACUGGAGUCUCUGGGAUUGAGUGGCUGCAGUUUGUCAGAGAUCAGCUGUGCUUCUCUGGUCUCAGCUCUGAAGUCCAACCCCUCAUCCCAUCUGAGAUAUCUGGAUAUAAGAGGAAAUAACCUGAAGGACUCGGACAUGAAACAGCUGUCUGAUCUUAAGGAGAGUCCACACUGUAGACUGGAGACUCUGAGAUUGACUGACUGCAGUUUGUCAGAGAUCAGCUGUGCUUCUCUGGUCUCAGCUCUGAAGUCCAACCCCUCCCAUCUGAGAACGCUGGAAUUUUCUGAAAACAUCAUCUCAAGCUCACGAAUGCAGCUUCAGGAAUCAGACGUGAAGCUACUGUGUGAUUUUCUGGAGAGUCCAGACUGUAGACUGGAGACUCUGAGUUUGGAAGACUGCAGGUUGUCAGAGAUCAGUUGUGCUUCUCUGGUCUCAGCUCUGAAGUCCAACCCCUCCCAUCUGACACAUCUGGAUCUGUCUGGAAACGACGUGUAUGACGCGAAGCUGGGUGAUUUUCUGGAGAGUCCACACUGUAGACUGGAGUUUCUGGGAUUGAUUAACUGCAGGUUGUCAGAGACCAGCUGUGCUUCUCUGGCCUCAGCUCUGAAGUCCAACCCCUCAUCCCAUCUGAGACAUCUGGAUCUGUCUCUAAACGACGUGUGUGACGUGAAGCAGCUGUGUGAUUUUCUGGAGAGUCCACACUGUAGACUGGAGACUCUGGAAUUGUGGGGCUGCAGGUUGUCAGAGACCAGCUGUGCUUCUCUGGCCUCAGCUCUGAAGUCCAACCCCUCAUCCCAUCUGAGAGAGCUGAAUCUAGGAGGAAAUAACCUGAAGUACUCGGACGUGAAGCAGCUGUCUGAUCUUAAGGAGAGUCCAGACUGUAGACUGGAGACUCUGAGCUUGGAGUCCUGAUGAUCUCUGUCAGAGUGUGAGUGAACAUCCAGGAGUGUGUGUUGAGAGAGGAUCAGCUGGAUCCUGAUGAUCCAUCUGGACCAGAGUCUGGAUCUGGAUUUUGUCAUCUUCACUUAAGUCUCUUAACUGACUACAAACUGAACAGUUAUCUCUGGAUUUGGUUGAAUCAGCACUUUACAGAUGUGUUAUACAUGAGCUGUUUGAUGCAGAAAAGAUUAAUAAACAGGUGUUAUAAGUCAGACUCUGACCCUGGGCCCAUAUUUAUCAAGCGUCUCAGAAUCACACUGAGAGUUAACGAGGACUAAAACUAAUUAAUGAAGCAGAAGAGAAUUUACUGUGACUGUCAGCAGGAGACGGAUUACUCCUGGGAGAGAGUGAGACGUGGCUGUUUUACCACAGUCAGAGCAGCAAAGUAGAAAUAAUGAUGACGUGUUGUAGUUUUCUCACAGUCUCAGCUGGAAAUAUGAAACAGUGGUAAUUUGGUAUAUUAUGUGUAUAAGCAGGUAACCAGGCAGGUAACUUACCAAGGUUAUGGAACAAAACUAUGAUGCCAAAAUUCAUUAUAAGAUGAUAUUUACAAAGUGUAAAGAAAGCCUGAGAGAUAAAUGUAGCCUAUAUGUUAAUGAAGAUAACAGGUAAUUAGACUCAACUGUGUGAAAUGAUCUUGGUUCAGCCACAUGGUUUCACAGCCUGUAAUAGUGCUGCAUCUUGCACAUAUUGCACAGACACAUGUUGCAAACCCUCUCCAUGAAGAACAUCUUCUCUUCCACUGUCCAAUUCCUCUUUCAACUUCACCCCAAGUUAACUUGUGUUCUCUACAUGAAGGUAAAUACAGCGUAACAAUAGAAACAUAUAUUGUUCAGGUGCAUCCUCCUCUCUCAAAUAUCAGGCUGUAGCUCUGCUGUUAUUUGAAGGAGCCUCAAUAAAAAGUAAGCCUAUAAAAUAUUUGAGCUGUUGUAAUGAAGUUGAGAUAUCCUUCAUUAUGCAGCUGACAUGAUUGUGUGUAAAUCAAAGUUUUAGUGGGCUGUAACUGAGGACCCUCGUCAUGCUCAUUAUCUUUACGACGUGCAUUAAGCCAGAUCAAAGUUUGAUUCAUGACUUCCAUCAUUGUGGCUUCUGACAGAAUCGUCACUGUUGCACAGCUGCAUUUUCUCCGUUACCAUAAAGUGUAACAUUGUGAGGACGUUCUGUAUUUAUUUAAAUGAUGUUGUGUAGAAACAUCAUGUGUUCUCCUCUGCAUCACACACAAAGUCAGUCUCACUAAUGAUUCUGUUUUAGUCCAAACAAUCUUUUAAUAAGCUCAGUGUCAUCAAGCGUUCCCAAAACAUCUCUCCUCUCAGGGAAUAUCUCUGCCUGAACUCCAUCUCCUGCAGCUCCGAAAUAUUGGCAGAGAUACGAAUCAUUUACCAAGUUUGGAAAGUUGAUAAAAGGCUUUUUCUCCUAAAAGUAGAAGCAGAGAUGCGUCACUCUGAUCGUUUUUGGCCAGUUAGGAGUGAUUUCCUGCUCUGAGACGCUUGAUAAAUACGGGCCCAGAUGUGACAGAUGUGACAGAUUGGAUGUCCACAAAUUUCAUUCAGUUCAAUUCAGAAAGAAUUUAUCAUUGGUCCAGAAAACCUGCAUGCAGGUCAAAUCAUAUCUUGGUUCUGUGGUGAAAAACUUUGUAUUUUUUGAUUCCAGUCUAAGUUUUGAUGAUCAUAUCAGCAGCUGGUCCAGUCCUGUUUUCACCAUUAAAACAUAUUCAAAUAAUAUCUAUAAAACCAGCACAGAACACUGCUGCUGUCAGACUUUGAACUAAAAGCAGGAAAAGAGAUCAUAUUACUCCAUUUCUAUCAUCACUU